UAGAUCGAGGAACCUAGUUGAGUUGAGAAGCCGAAUCCAAAUUUGAAAUAACCAACAACGACUUUGCGUUUAGGAUUGACCCCUUCUUCACCAGCAAAAUUUCUAGGUUUUCUCUUCUUCUUCCCUAUCACACAAAAAUCUCAAUUCUAAUUUAGUUUCGGUUCUGACCCACCGAUCAAUCCCUCUUCUUUUUAUGGAGGCAGGGUUCCGUUUUUUUUUUUUUUUUUUUUCGUGUCGGUUUUGUUCAAUUUGAUGCAUGUUUAGCUUUUAAGUUCAGCUUCUUCUUCUUCUUCUUCUUCUUCUUCUUUAAUUAGGGUUUGGUAAUGGAUAGUGUGGAACACAUGAAUGUUUGAAUUUUAUCUGCGUCAUAGUUGUGGAGGCGAUGGGUUUUCUUUUUAUUUUUGGGGCUUUUGCAGCAUAUUAUAAUAAAUGCGAAUAAAAUGCUAUUUUGGGAUAAAUGGAGCUUAUACAGAUGCAUAAUAUUUUUUGCAGAAUUAUUAUAUCCGCGUGAUUCCUGCUUUGCUGGUGUAGUGAGUGAUGGGAAAACGUGUCUUAAGAGAGAACUUUCAACCCCAGACUUGUUCUGGGAAGAGAGCAAAAAAAACUGUUCAGGGGAAAGGGAAUUUAAAAAAUACUGUUUUCAUUGACGUAGACAGUUAUCAGGGUGAUGAUGUGAUAAUCAUAGAUUUGUCUGAGUUUGGGCCACAAUUUCAUGGGUCCAGUGUGCCAAGUAGAGACAGAACAUAUACGCCUCAGAGGGUUAUCAGCAUUGAUGACGAUGAUGAUGACGCCGAUGAUGAAAGUGGUGAUGAUGAUGAAAGUGAUGCUGCAACCCAUCGUGGAAUCAUUUCUGAAGGAGUUGGGGAUUUGGACAGCGAUGCCUCCUCAAGCAUAAAGUUAUCUCCUGCCCCAAGCUGUAUGCAAAAUUCUGUACACGUAGAUGUAGAUGAUGGUCAUGUCAAUGAAAAGGAUUCUACAAAGGAUACUGGCAGAAAUCGAUAUGGUUUAGAUGGGUCUGAAAGUGAGUCACCGGAGAGUGAUUGUUCUGAUUGUGAACUCAUGGAUCGUGAACAGUGGGAAAAGGUUUUGUUUGAGAGAAAGCACCAUGUGUUUAAUGAUCAAUCUUGUUAUGAUGAACAUGCCAGUUCUUCUGGUGUCCAUAGCAAUAUUUACGCUGAUGUCGAAGUAGAAAAUAUGAACGAACAGCAUGCAGGAAACCCUGUAUAUUCUGGUCCCAGCAAUGGUGAAUAUGUCAAGGAGAAUCAAUCUUCCUUCUCUGUUAAGGGUGAUGGUCAAGUGGAUGACAUUAAUUUUAAUCUUGGGACAGAAAAUUCUUUCAAGGAUUCUGAUCAGCAAGUUAGGCAGGACAGUUUCAAAUCUCCUGGGUCUGAAUCCAUAGAGGAAAUGCAAUCUUUGCGUCAAGGUUGUGAUAUUGAGCAUGGAGAAAGGACAAGAGGUGAAGAAUUGGAUGGUAAAGAGUCUGAAUGUAUUGGCAUGAGCCAAGAAGUACGUGAAAGGCAAGUUGACAACAAUGGAUCUGCAUUUAUGAGCAAAGAUGACAAUUUAGCUGAAGUGAAUUUUAACUGUAGCUCUUUUGAUGAAAGACAUGUCAAUUGUGAUAGGCUUGUGUUACAUGCUCAAGAUGGUAAUCUUACUGCUUCAAAUGAGAGAGAUAUAAUUAACAAAAGAGAAAAGCUUAAGGAGACUGAUGAAUAUAAACAAACCAUAGAAGCAGAAUGGGCAUCCAGGCAGAAGCAAUUGCAAAUUCAGGCAGAGGAAGCACAGAGAUUACGCAAAAGAAGAAGGGCUGAAAAUGAGCGCUUACUGGACAUGCAAAGAAGGCAAAAAAAACGCAUUGAAGAAGUGAGAGAGACACAAAAGAAGGAUGAAGAAUUUAUGAACAUGAAAGAGAAACUGCGGAUCGAAAUACAGAAGGGGCUUAAUGAAUUGGAGAGGCAAUGCCAUGAUAUGACAUCACUGCUUCGUGGCUUAGGAAUACCUGUGGGAGGAAGUUUAAUCCCGUUGCCCAAUGAGGUGCACGCUGCAUAUAAACGGGCCUUGUUAAAGUUUCAUCCAGAUCGUGCAUCCAAAACUGACAUUCAACAGCAGGUUGAAGCCGAGGAGAAGUUCAAGCUCAUCUCUCGCAUGAAGGAGAAGUUUUUGUUGACUUCUUGUCACUAAAUGCUAACAACUGAAUGGGUGCGGUGGUUGGUAUUUUGAUUCAAGUGACUUUGUCUGCUAGCUUUGUGUUUGUCUUAGUUUUUAAUUGUUUUCGUUAGUCCCCCAAAUUUUAUAGACGAGAAAUUGACAAGAAUAUGUAAAGAUGUUCUCUUUUUUAAAAUGCCAAUUUUGGGGGAUGGAUAGUAAUUACUAUCCACCAAUUACUAUCCACCCGCUUCAUAUUUGAUAUUGGGUAUAUGUUAAGGUCACUUUAAAGAGCAUAAGGGCUUUGCAGCAUUCAGUGAAACAAAGUCAACAUGUGUUUAGCCUAUGUUGGUAAAUUGGCUUUUAAGGCUACAAACCGAGUAUGUUACAAGCUUCCGAUCCAAGUCUUUGCUUGCUGUCCUCACACAUGGCAUAAGAAAAUUAGCUUGUAGUGUUGUUUUACCCCUCCUAUCGGGCUUCGAUUAAGCUUAUGUAAAUUUCAAUGACCUUAUUAUAUCUAUUGUUAGA